AUGGUCACCCUCGAUCUUCCCGAGACGCCAGUGCCGGUCUGGCUGGACUGCGACCCGGGCCACGAUGACACGUUCGCCAUUCUCCUGGCUGCCUACCACCCGACCAUUAAGCUGCUGGGCCUCUCCACCGUGUUUGGAAACGCCCCCCUCGUGAAGACGACGAACAACGCCACCUCCAUCCUGACGGCCAUCGGCAAGCACAAUGACGUGCCCGUCUACGUCGGCGCCGCCAAGCCCAUGAGCCGCCCGCCCAUGCAGGCCGCCACCGACAUCCACGGCGAGUCCGGCCUGGACGGCACCGACCUGCUCCCGAAGCCCUCCCGGGAUGCCAACCGCACCGUCCCCGCCGUCGACGCCAUGGCCGCCGCCCUCAAGGCCCAGCCCGCCGGCGUCGCCUGGCUCGUCGCCACGGGCUCCCUCACCAACGUCGCCCUCCUCUUCCAGAAGCACCCGGAGCUCGUCGCCCACAUCAAGGGGCUCAGCAUCAUGGGCGGCGCCAUCGGCGACGGCUUCACCGACAUCGUCCUCGGCGUCGUCGACGGCGUGCCGCGCAUCGGCAACUGGACCCCCUGGGCCGAGUUCAACAUCAUCAUCGACCCCGAGGCCGCCGCCAGCGUCUUCAGCAACAAGGCCCUCGCCGCCAAGACCACGCUCGUCCCGCUCGACCUGUCGCACCAGGUCCUCGCCACCCAGGAGGUGCGGGACCUGCUGCUCUACAGCAAGGACGGCGCCGCCGAGAAGACGGGCAAGGGAAAGACCACGCUGCGCCAGAUGCUGGUCGAGCUGCUCAUGUUUUUCGCCAAGACAUACAGCGACGUGUUCGGCAUCACCACCGGCCCGCCGCUGCACGACCCCCUCGCCGUGGCCGCCGUCCUCACGGGCACCAAGCACGAGAUCCCCUUCCACGACUACGACGCCAAGAAGGGCAACUGCGUAAAGUACCACGAGCGCUUCGAGCUGACCGUCGUCACCGAGGGCGACAUCGAGGAGGCCAAGGCCGGCCGGUCGCAGCUCGGCCGCACCGUCGCGCGGCCGCUGCCGCCGGGCAGCGAGGGCGUGCGGAUACCCCGCGGCAUCGACAUCCCCAUGUUCUGGCGGGUCCUCGAGGAGUGCGCCGAGAGGGCGGACCGCGUCAACGCCGGCGAGGUGGCGGGGCUGAAGGAGAACGGGGCGCUGGAGAACUGA